AUAUAUAUGUGGAGUCCUCAAAAAUAAACGUUUUCAAUUUUCACUACUAUGGAAGAAAUGAACAAAUUGUACAUUACUUUGUUUUAAUCAUAAUCUCUGUACUUUGGGCUUUACAUCGUGUUUUGAAUGGAAAUAUUGUAAGGCAUGGUUGGCUGCGAAGUAUGCAGGGAUUGGUUACCCAAGACGAGGCAACGGAUGACCAAUAGGAGUGCCCUUCCCUCUUAUCUACUUGUAUUGCGAUUGGUUGUAAAUAUAAUACUUGACCUUGAGUCCUCGUUCUUACUAGCACGCAACACUUGUGUGAUCACACUGCUAACGUGCGCUUUGCUCUCUGUUUCAGAUCAUUGCUUGACGAGUGGGAUUACAUAAAUGGCGAGCCUGCCAACGAAAAAACUUUCUUCUUCUAAGUCUCGACCCAAUGAGGCUUCCAAGAACACUUCUCCUGUCAAACAGACAGCAUCUCACGAGGUGGAUCAAUUGGCUGAAGUGAGGGCUCCAGCUUUUCAGUCAAAUCAGCCUGCUUCGCGAUAUGUCCAUCCCUUGCCGCAUACACUGGAGGUGGGUGAUGAUUUCGAGCUGUGGUCGGACAAGGUGUGCCGAUACAUUGAUCUGAUGAACGUGCCUCACCCGAACGCAUUCGUCAUCGAUUCUGUUGGACGGUCCUUGGAAAUGUACACAAUUGGUUUGGAUUACGUGCAUAUGCCCUUGACCACCCUGUUGAGUACUCUAAGAGCACGUAUAGUGCCACCAAUACCUCCCAUUGAAGCGCUGAAAAGAUUCAGCGAGUGCAACCAGAGACAAGGUGAAUCUAUCAACCAGUUCACCUUACGUCUCCGCAAGCUUGCGCGUCAAGCUAUGCAGGACAAGACACAUUCAGAGGUUGAAAGCGCUAUAUAUUCCAAGUUCUUGCAGGGCGUCGACGUCCGUUACAGGAAGGACUUCAACUUGCACACUCCAGCAUCCAUGACAGAAGCGGAAGCUAGGGCACGCCUAAUGGAAAGCCUGGAAGAGCCAGGAACCACAUGCCCACAAGUAAACGCAAUGGGAUAUCAGCACACAACAACAAAGCAUGCACAGAAUCCUACACCACCGUGGAAAGGACGCCCACAGUCGCAAUCCACUUCAAGAAACGAUUGCUACUACUGCAGGCGGUUUGGUAAGCUUGCUAGGAGUUGUGGUCACAAUGCAGGUGAGUCACAUGUCGAUAUGAAUUGUGUGCCUACUGUAAACCUAAUCGGUGUCACCUCCUCCCCGAAAGUUGUAGGUUAUAUAGGCGGGAAAAAGUGUGUUAUGUUAGUUGACUCAGGAGCAACUUGUUCUGUCGUACAUUCCUCAUGUGUUCCAGAGACGUUUAGGCCAACAAUAGGGACUCACAAUUUGCGGCUUACGACAGCCAAUGGAGAUUGCAUGCAAUCCCAGGGACUGGUCCUGCUGCCACUUAAAUUGGGAACACUGUCACUUCAACACAAUUUCAUCAUUUUUACCCGGGUGCCGUGGCAGGUAAUCUUGGGAGUCGACCUCCUGGAAAAGCUGUCGGGAAUAAUAGAUUGUAGUCAUAGGACUCUUAUACUGAAGGACUGUUCCAUCCCAUUUAUUGUAGGGAACGACAAAGAGCACGGCACUUUUGGCGUGCAGGGAGAUGCUAAGAGUGAGAAACAGCGAAUGCUGACGACUAUAGAACCCCUACCAUCGGAAACGGCUGCCAACUUUAAUAAAAUGUUAGACAAAUAUGAGGACUGUUUUGACUGGGAUGGAAAAAGCCCGGGAAGAACAAAACUGGUCCAACAUCACAUAGAAACGGGUAACGCCCCACCUUGUAGACAACCUGCACGGCGAGUACCUGCACAUUACCAGAAGGAGCUUAACAGGUUAGUUGAUGAACUGUUAGAGAAAAAUGUCAUCAAACCAUCCGUAUCUCCAUGGGCUUCACCGGUAGUUUUAGUUAAGAAAUCGAAUGGGACACUCCGGUUGUGUGUAGAUUAUCGUAAGUUAAACCUGUUAACUAGACGAGACUGCUUUCCCCUUCCACGCAUAGACGACACUUUUGAUGCCUUAGAGGGUCGAAUUGGUUUACCACUCUAGAUCUGGCAUCGGGAUAUUGGCAGGUUGAAGUACACCCAGAUGACAGGCAAAAGACAGCAUUCAUUGUACAAGCAGGCCUGUAUGAGUUUGAAACAAUGCCGUUUGGGUUAGUCAAUGCCCCAGCAACAUUCCAACGCCUCAUGCAAACGGUCUUGAGUGAUUGCAUACCAGGUAAGUGUUUGGUAUAUUUAGAUGAUGUUAUCAUACAUAGUAAGACGUUGACCGAACAUUUAAGUGAUAUUUCCGAAGUAUUAGAACGGAUGCAGACCGUUGGGUUAAAACUGAACCCAUCGAAAUGUCAAUUCUUCAGGAAAGAAGUGUGUUUCUUAGGUCACAUUGUUUCAGCCGAAGGCAUUAAAUGUGAUCCAGCAAAAGUUCAGGAAGUUAAAGACUGGCCGCUCCCAAACUCAGCCCCCGAGUUACAUAGUUUUUUAGGGUUAGCCUCGUAUUAUCGACGUUUUGUACUUAACUUCUCUUUCCUUGCAGCUCCUCUAUUCGACAUUCUUAAGAAGAAAGACUACAAUUGGACAGCAUCAGCGACGGAAGCCUUCGAAAGACUAAAAAACUGUUUAUGUAGCCCCCCUAUCCUAGCGUAUCCCAAUGUUUCUGACCAGGCAGGUCCAUUCAUCCUAGAUACAGAUGCUAGCGACUCUGGUAUCGGGGCAGUUUUGUCUCAAAAAGACGCAGAUGGAGUAGAAAAGGUGAUAGCCUAUGCAAGUCGAGCACUCAACAAGAGUGAGAAGAAUUACUGCACCACGCGGAAAGAAAUGCUGGCACUGGUCAAUUUUGUUAAACACUUUAGGGCAUAUCUCCUCGGUAGACAUUUCAUUGUACGCACUGAUCACAAAGCCCUUAGCUGGCUACAUAACUUCAAAGAAGCUGAGGGUCAGAUUGCCAGAUGGCAAGAACACCUACAAGAGUAUGACUUCGAAUGCAUGCAUAGACCGGGUAAGAAUCAUGGAAAUGCAGAUGCGUUGUCAAGAAAACCUCUUAGGUAUCACGGUGACUGCCCAUCAUGCACCGAAGCACAAGUUUCGCUGCUCCAACUAGAGGCUCAUACUUCAUAUAGUUGGCCUGAACUUCAGUCUUCAGACCCUGAACUGGCCUUGAUUUACGAACGUGUUCGAAAUGGAGGCGAACGACCGACAACCCAGGAAAUAAGUAAGCUUGGAUGGGAAACCCGGUGUUUAUGGUCUCUGUGGGAUAAUCUGAAAAUUGUCGAUGACAUCCUCUACUACCAACAUGGACCCACUUAUACUCGUCGCGUUGUGGCUCCACAGUCGGCACUACCCACAGUACUAUUGUCAUUACACCAGCAGUUAGGCCACGCGGGCUCAGGGAAAAUGAUUGAAGCGGCUAAAAGACGUUAUUGGUGGCCUCACCAGAGGAAAGACAUCAUAGAUUUCUGUGACUCCUGCGAGGUAUGCCAAACUAUUAAGGCUCCGCACAAAUAUAAUAAGGCACCCUUAGAACCCAUUAUAGCUGGCCAUCCGAAUGACUUAGUACAAAUAGACUUGGUUGGACCUCUCCCAGUAACUUCCAGAAAUAAUAACUAUAUUUUAGUCAUGGUAGACCAUUUUACCAAAUGGUGCGAGGCUAUUGCGAUCCCACAGAUUGAUGCUGUAACCAUCGCAGAGUCAAUUUUUGACCACUGGGUCAGCCGUUGGGGGGCACCACUUCAACUGCAUUCAGAUCGAGGAUCCAACUUUGAAAGUAUCGUUGUCAGCGAACUCUGUCGUAUAAUGGGUAUCCGGAAGACACGCACUACCGCGUACCACCCACAGGGAAAUGGCUUGGUUGAACGCACCAAUCGGACACUUAAAGCCCUCUUGCAGGCAUUUGUAGAUCAAAACAACCCCAGGGAAUGGGACCGAUCACUCUCACAGUGCUUAAUGGCAUACAGAGCAAGCAUUCACAAAGCUACGCGUCAAACGCCUCAUUAUAUGGUCACUGGAAGAGAACUCCGGUUGCCAAUCGAUCUGACUUCAAACACACUAGGAGAGGAUACACUGAUUGCAUCUGAACACGUAAUCAGACUUCGACGAAACCUGAACAAGGUACAUCAGAUGACUAGGGAUAUACUCCAAACAAACCAGAGGUACCAGAAAGAAUACUAUGAUAGGAAAGCACAUGGAUCACCAGUCGAGCCAGGAGACAAGGUGAUGCUACUUAAGGAGGCACCACCUAAAGGGAAAGCUCUUAAAUUCCAUAAACGCUGGGAAGGACCAUUCACUGUAGUAGAGGUACUAAGUGACUGCACCUGUAGGAUUCAGGAACCGAAUUCCUCUCAUAGUCUAGUCACACACUUCAAUAGACUAAAACCUUUUCGACAACAGGCCUUAGAGCAGACAAGUCCCGCAGGAACAGUCACCUAGCACUGCGGACAGUGCUCCUAUGGGAGAGGGGGUAGUGUAAGGCAUGGUAAGUUUGGCGGUUUUCUAAUGUUCAAACCAUGCUUGUCUACUUUCAGGUUGGCUGCGAAGUAUGCAGGGAUUGGUUACCCAAGACGAGGCAACGGAUGACCAAUAGGAGUGCCCUUCCCUCUUAUCUACUUGUAUUGCGAUUGGUUGUAAAUAUAAUACUUGACCUUGAGUCCUCGUUCUUACUAGCACGCAACACUUGUGUGAUCACACUGCUAACGUGCGCUUUGCUCUCUGUUUCAGAUCAUUGCUUGACGAGUGGGAUUACAAUAUAGUUCUGCUUUCGACUCUCUGUCUUCUCCACCAUCUCAACUGCCAUCGAUCAAUUCUAACCACCUGCUUUCUAUCUCAAGUUUUGCAGGAGCGCCGUAGUUUCUUCCUACGUACUUUGGUCUACCCCUGGUAACAUCAACAUUGGAGAAUUACUAAUGGAGCGGUCUCUUCGCAAUACCUCUGGAGUCUAUUACGUUAAUUGUGGAUUUUGGACCUUGUAAAUACACAGGUAACAAAACUUUAUUAUAUUCUUCCAGUAACUUAACUGAUUUGGAAUUUUAUUUCCUAUUUAAAUUUGGGAUACUAAGCUAACAGACUCUAAGGUACCUUAGAGUGGUGGACUCCACCACAAAAUUAGUGGUCCCGUUUAGGACACGGAUUAUUUUCACGUACCUAUAUACUUAUUUUUACCAUUUUGUAUAUUCAUUGUGAUUUUGUGUGUGGUCUUAUAUUUGUGUCCUAUUUUGCACUAACAUUCUCAAAUCUAUAAUGUCGUCACGUCAGUCUGGUACCUCAACCGAGCAGACAACUAGUAACGCGACAAAUGCCACAAUAGAUGCCAUCACUUAUUUCUGUUUACCGCAGUACGGUUUCGCAGAACCCAGGAUUUGGUUUGCAGCAAUUGAGCCGUUGCUAGAAGCACGGGGCGUCGGUGGCACAGUGGUUAGGUCUCUCGCCGACCAUGCACAUGGUCCGAGGUUCGAUCUCCUGCCUGCAAAAUUUGGGCUACCGAUAUCCAUGCUGAAAAUUUCAUACUUGUACCAAAAAUACAGUGUGGAAUCAAGCUGCAAUC